CACACCCGGCGCAUGAAAAAGCCACCCUCCUUUCCAGCCGUUUGGCUCGCUCGCUAUAGGUAGCGGUAGAGACAGACAGCGCGAGGAACAGGGAGCGCGCGGCUCAGUGCAGCAGAGGAGCUUGCGGAGCAGAGAGCAGUAGUCGUGCAGCUCAAUGGCUUGUUCACCCAUGGCUUUCUUGACCGUCUUCCUUGCGGCGGCGGGGUCGUGCCUGCCAGUGGCCGCCGCGGGCGGGCCUCUACCCCCGGCGGGAACGCCCCUCUUCUUCCGGGAGGGCUACACGCAGCUGUUCGGCGACUCCAACCUCGCGCUCCACGGCGACGGCAAGAGGGUGCACAUCUCCCUCGACGAGCGAACAGGCGCCGGGUUCGCGUCGCAGGGCGCGUACCUCCACGGGCUCUUCAGCGCCCGCAUCAAGCUCCCCGCCGACCACACCGCCGGCGUCGUCGUCGCCUUCUACGUGAGCAUCCGUCCAUCCAUGUCGAACGGGGACGUGUACGAGCGGACGCACGACGAGCUGGACUUCGAGUUCCUGGGGAACGUGCGGGGCAGGGAGUGGCGGGUGCAGACCAACGUGUACGGCAACGGCAGCACGGCGGCCGGCCGGGAGGAGCGCUACGGCCUCUGGUUCGACCCCACGGAGGAUUUCCACCGCUACGCCAUCCUCUGGAGCCGCGACAGGAUCAUAUUCUACGUCGAUGAAACGCCGAUCAGGGAGGUGGUGCGGACGGAGUCCAUGGGCGCCCAGUUCCCGUCGAAGCCCAUGUCGCUGUACGCCACCAUCUGGGACGGCUCCAGCUGGGCCACCUCGGGCGGCCGCUACAAGGUGGACUACAAGUACGCGCCCUACGUCGCCGAGUUCGCCGACCUCGCGCUCCGCGGCUGCGCGGUCGGCCGUCGAGCGUGCGAGGAGCCGGGCGACGCCGCCGCACCGCCGAUGUCGCCCGCGCAGCGGUCGGCGAUGGAGGCGUUCCGGGCGCGCUACAUGACGUACGGCUACUGCUACGACCGCCUCCGGUACCCCGCGCCGCUGCCGGAGUGUAGCGUCGGCCCGGAGGCCGCGGCGUUCCUCCCGUCGGGGGACGCGAGGGCCGCAUUGCGUAGGCAUGGCAGGCGCCACCGGACGCGCGGCGGCGCGGACUCGGCUCUCUGAACGGCGGCGCGGAUGGUGUCAGUGUUCACAAGUGUGCCGUAUCGACUGUGAUGUGAUGUGAUCUAUGAUUAGGGUCCCUUGAUUCCUGACGUGUACCACCAUUGUAGGGUAACAGUAACGGAGUUCCACUGAUUAUAAGCCUCAUCACUUCACUACUCUCUCCUUUCCUUCUCGCGGCGCUGAGAUUCCUAAGAACAACAUAACAAA